AUGGCGAACUCGAACUCAGAUAAUGAUACUUCCCUGAUAAGCCUGAUUAAUGCCAAUCAACUAAUAUGUACAAUCAAUACAGAAGAGUGCGACAUACCACCUAAUAAUUCCGAUGAUCAUGCUUCCUUGGUUAGCCUCAUUGAUGUCAAUCAAAUGAUAUGUACAACUAAUACUGAAGAGUGCCAUGUGCCUACAAAUUCUGAUGAUAGUGCUUCAAUAGAUUCUACCAAUAGUCAUGCUUUCAACAACAAUGAUAUCAGUGAAGUUGCAUGUACAACAAAUACCAAUGACUGCAACAUACCUUCAGAUCCUGGUAUACUCCAAUAUCUUAAUUGUCUUAUUUACUCAUACACUAUAUCUCUUUGUAAAUUGGUGUUGGCACUAAUGCUGCAUCACAAAUUCAAUUGGCCAUUACAAUAUCCACUAUUGUUUCCUAGAGGAGAGGAUGGAUAUAGAAAAGACAUUGAGUUCAAGGACAACCCAAGCAAACCUUCAAGGAAAAGACAAUUUAUCACUCAAUUAGAGUGGGUUGGUUAUAGAAUUCAGCAAAGACACAGAGAUACUUCAACAAUUGUAUUUUCUAGAAGAUUGUUUCAUCAAUUUUUGGUUGAUUCAUUUAGUACAAUAGAGUCUGCUCGCUUGAAAUACUUGAGAAAUCAUCAGAAAGAUUUAAGAGCUGAUAUGUACAGAGGACUAACUGAGGCCGUUCUCAGAGGGGAAACUAAUGCAACAACCACAGGAAAACGCAUUGUUUUGCCAGCAAAUUUUGUUGGAGGGCCACGGUAUAUGAUACAAAAUUAUCAAGAUGCCAUGGCCAUUUGUUCUUGGGCUGGAUAUCCUGAUUUAUUUAUCACCUUCACCUGCAACCAUAAAUGGCCUGAAGUUGUUGAUUUCUUAAAGACAUAUCAACUUACACCAGCAGAUAGGCCUGACUUGGUAACUCGCCUCUUCAAAAUCAAGCUUGACCAGCUCAUAAAGGACAUAAAGCAGGGAAGUAUUUUUGGCAGAGUCAAAGCAGUUAUCUAUACCAUUGAAUUCCAAAAAUGUGGACUUCCACAUGCCCAUAUUUUGGUUUUCUUACAACCAAUCCAUAGAAUUGUCCAUCCUCAUGGUAUUAACAAAAUAAUAUCUACUGAGAUUCCAGAUAAAGAUCAAGAACGAGAGCUAUUCAACAUUGUAUCUUCCCUCAUGAUACAUGGUCCAUGUGGUGAUCAGAAUAAAGGUUCCCCAUGCAUGCAGAAAGGUAGAUGCAUCAAAUAUUUUCCAAAAAGAUUUGUCAAUAAUACAAUGAUUGAUUCAAAAGGUUAUCCUGUCUAUAGAAGAAGAGACAAUGGUGUGUUCGUCAAAAAAGGUGAAUCUUUUGCUGACAAUAGAUUUGUUGUACCAUAUAAUCGACGUUUAUUGUUGAAAUACAAUGCUCAUAUAAAUGUUGAGUGGUGCAAUCAAUCAAGAUCUAUAAAAUAUAUUUUCAAGUAUGUCAACAAAGGUCAUGACAGAGUUACUGCUGGAUUUUACCGUGAUGCAAAUCCUAGAGACAACACUCAGGUUGUCGAUGAGAUAAAAAAGUAUUAUGACUGUAGAUAUUUAUCGGCCUGUGAAGCUGUUUGGAGAAUAUUUGUGUUUGAUGUCAACUACAGGGAACCCUCAGUUGAGAGAUUAAGUUUUCAUCGGGAAAAUGAGCAACCAAUUGUUUAUCCUGAUGAAGCUUAG